AUUAUAGAAUAUGGCAUUUUAAAUGUUUUAAUAACUUAGGACUUUUCAUGACAAUGAGACACUCUGCUCCUGGCAGCACCAAUCUACUUCAAGAGGAAGAUGGGCAUCGAAGAGGAUCCUUAUGGAGUUUGAUAGCCAUUUGGGCAAGAAACUGCUCUUGCCUGGACUAUUGCAUAAACUGGACACAGAGAACCCGCAGAGAGAGGACUGCUGAACUUGCCUAAAGGUUAAAGCAUUGGUGGGAGGAGUAAACAGAAUAGAAUUCUGGGCGGAAGAGGAAGUGAGGUCAGACUCUGCUCUGCUCCCAGAGAGACUCGACAGCUCUGCUCUGGAGCAGAGACGCCAUGCUACACUCUCCCAGGAUGGACGAAGGCUAGAAUCUUCCCGGUGUUUGCUUCAGAAUGUACACAGAAGGAGAAGCUAAGAAAAUAGGAGUGGUUGGCUGGGUGAAGAACACAAGCAAGGGCACCGUGACAGGUCAAGUGCAAGGUCCCGAAGAAAAGGUGAAUUCCAUGAAGGCCUGGCUGAGCAAGGUUGGGAGCCCUAGUUCUCGCAUCGACCGGGCAGACUUUACUAAUGAAAAAACCAUCUCUAAACUAGACUACUCUAAUUUUAGUAUUCAUUAUUAAUGGAAGAAAAAUAACAAUUGUAAUGCUCGCAUUGCAGAAGAUAAGACAUAUUCUUAAAUUUGUAGUAGUAGGAUUAAAAAUGGAACUUUCUGUUCUGGAAAUCUCAGAAUUAUAUGUUACUAAAAUGUCUGAAAUUGAAAAGAAAUGUUACCCACCUAUGUUUUUAGCAAGCGGAAGCCAAGUAUUGUAAAAUAAAAUGUUGCUGUAAAAUAUCUGCUGUGAAGAUUCAAGCGAAACCUUGUCUUACGGAGGGAGUCACUAAUUUCAGAAAACAUUAUAGUGUAUACACGUUAUUCAACUAGACAUAAAAUAAAGUUAACUAUCUAAAAUUAUCUUUAGAUACUGUCGCCUAAUAAGGUGAAUUUUAAUGUUAUCUGAAACUAAUUUACUACUAAAGUUGAGUAAUCUGUAUGGUUAUUGAAGUCUUAGAAUGGCUAAGAUAAAUCUGUGUGGUGAUCACUGUAACCAGAAAGUAGCAGCAAUAAAGAGUUAGCGUGUAAAAUUCUUGUGAGAUCCAGGCCUGAUUCAGGGCUGAGCUGGAGCUACUUGGCGUGUUCAACCUCACUGUUCUGUGGAGUGGAGAGGCAGGCUGGGUGACAACCGCUAGAAGAUCCUGCUUCAGUCUAGGAAACUUCAAGAUUCAUAUCUACAAUCCUUUGACUAAAAACACUGAGAGUCUAAAUAAAUCACCUAAACUUGGACUAUCAUUUGGGGUCUUCAAAUGAUAAUCAGCCAACAUAAUAUUUGAAGGAGGGGAUUAGUUUCUAUACCAUGGAAUUAUAAUAUUGAAUAGGAAAGACCUUUAAUAGAAAAUAGUAUUUCAAAUGUGCAUAUAAUACAUAUGUUCUUCAAUGGUUUCUUUAUUGGUUUUUUUGAGAUUGGGUUGCUCUGUGUUGCCCUAGGUGUUCUGGACCUUGCUCUGUAGACCAAGUUGGCCUCAAAUUCGGAGAGCUACCUGCCUCUGCCUCUCAAGUGCCGGGAUUAAAGAUGUGUGCCACCA